CUACAACGCAAAUCUUGGUCAUUUAUUUUUUUCGAAUCUCUAUUUUUUUUUUUCAGGAUCUUGCUGCUUCUUGUUGACUUGAAGUGUUGUUGACAUGGUUCUUGAAACGAGCAUAGAGUUUGGGCCAGGGCAAUCGGAGAUGAUAAACAGAUAUUCUAUACAACAGGGUGCUAAAAAAGCCAUGGAAUUUCUCAAUGAAUUAAAGGGUAGAUUAAUUGAAGAUAAGUUUCAUGAGUUUGGGAAAGCCUUAUUGGAUUGUAGAGCAAAAAGGAUUGAGAUUACGGAUUUCAUGGAAAAAGCUAAGAAAAUAUUAGAGGGUCAUCAAGAUUUAUUAUUGAGAUUUAACUUUUUCAUGCCAAUUGGAUAUAAGUUUAAGCUUCCAGUAGAGGUUAAACAAUCUCAGCAAAAGAAGCAUGUCAAAAUGGAAGAUGCUACAAGUUUUUUGAAUAAGAUAAGGGCUAAAUUUCAAGGUGUUGAUGACCAUAUUUACAAAUCAUGUAUAAAGAUAUUAAUUAUGUAUUAUAAGAAGCAUAUAUCUUUCACUAAAGUUUGCAAAGAGAUUACCACACUUUUGCAACACCAUCCUGACCUUCUUGAUGAGUUUCUUAAUUUUCUUCCAAAAGCUACAUCUUCUCGUUAUGUUGCUGCUCAGAACUCAGUGCACGGAGACAUAUAGGAGAUCUCAAAACUAAAUAUAUGGAAAUUUUUUAGCUUAUAAAUUUUGGAUAAGUUAAUAAAAUAUAAAGAAUGGAUUUUAAAUGUAGAUACAUCAAACUUUGUUGUAGAAAUCAGAUGUACCAGAAUUGUAUGGUUUGAAAACAAUUCCAUAGAUUUUGUCUUUAUAUUUAU